UUCAGUAUCGAAUCUGUCAAUGCUGUUAAUGUUUGUGUACUUUAUUCGAUUCUCAUCUGACGUGGAAUUUUCUAAUUUUGCUGUCAGAAUUACAUCUGUCAUAAUUAAUCAAAUCUGAACACGUUGUAUAUUGUACAAAAUUUUUAUUUUUUUCUGUAAAUACUAUAAUUUAAUAUGUCGUUACGGAGAGCGUUAUUCGUUAUCAGAGAUAUAAAAGUAUUACAAAGAACGCUUAUUCAUAGAAGAUUUCAAUCCUCACGAAAGAGCAGCAAUCAGUACAUGUUAACAACAAAAUUAUGUACCAUAUCGUCGUUCACUGCUAUGGGUAUUUGGGGUCUUACAAAAAAGAGAGGUGACAACGAAGCAAUCAUAACUACAAAAGAAGUCCUAAUAGCAAAAGCCGAUGCAUUAUACGAGCAAGAACAAUACCAGGAAAUACAUGACCUUCUAAUAAAUUAUAAAGAUAGCGGUGAUAUUGAAAUUAUAUGGCGUUUGUGUAGAGCAAUGUAUAAAUUGUCUAAAAUUGUGAGUGAAGUGGAUGGAAAGAAAUUAAUUUUCGAAGCUUAUGAUUUAAUACUUGAAGCACUUGAGAUAAAAGAGGAUAAUUGGGCUGCACACAAAUGGGCAUCGAUUCUUCUUAAUUCUAAGACUCUUUAUGAAGGAGUAAAAGCACAAAUAAAAGAGUCAUAUAAUAUUAAGAAACAUAUGCUGAGAGCAAUGGAACUAAAUCCAAAAGAACCAACACUUAUGUACAUGCUUGGUACUUGGUGCUAUCAAGUUGCUGAUUUAACAUGGUAUCAAAGAAAAAUUGCAUCUGUAAUAUUUGGAGAACCGCCAUCUUCAUCAUUCGAGGAAGCUCUAAAAUAUUUUGAAACUGCAGAGGAAAUUGAUCCCAAUUUCUAUAGUCAAAAUUUAUUAAUGUUGGGAAAAACCUACUUAAAAUUAAAUCAAAAAGAGCUAGCUACGAAAUAUUUAAAAAUGGCCCUAGAUUAUCCUGCAAAGAACGAAGAUGAUCGAGAUGCUAAACAGGAAGCGCAGAAGUUGUUAAAGAAAUUUUAACAAACUGGACAGAAGUUAUAAUCUAUUAUAUGAUAAAUUGGAAUUGAAGGGAUAGAAGGGAUAAAGAAAAAUUUAGAAUCUAUCUUUUAAGUAGAAGUAUAAAAUUUAUUUACUAUAAUGUACAAUACAACUUAUGUGUGAUGAGCCUGUUAUACACAACAUCUAUUUACAGUUCCCAAGUAAACUGCUGAGCAACUGGAGAUAUGGACGUGUUCGAGGGUUGCCUGGUCUUCGCCCCGUCCUUCCCGUCAGAUGGUAUAAAAGGUAGCGAUGCAGGCCAAAUUCCGAGAUGAAUUGACCACAUGGGCAAAUAAAGCUCACCAUAACGUAAUUCGGUGGUAAAUUGUCACGAGAUUGUCUUCUGAUGUGCAAGCUAUUGUAUCCAAGCGGGCACUCUCCCAUCGUUUUGUUAUAAGGCACGAUCUGGAAAAAUAAAAUUAAGAUAGUGGAAGAAACGAUUUGAAGGAAAUAAAAUACUUACUGCUCCAAGUGUGGUGAAGAUGUAUAAGGACGCUUUCAAUCGCGAAGCGCUUCCAAACACGAAGAACUUUCGAACGUCGAGAAUUUUCAAACGUCAAGAACUUCGAAGCGUCAAGAACUUUCAAACGUUCUGUUCGAUAGUCGAAUUGGGAAUGUGAUCUCCGAGCUAGUUGUCGAGCUUAUAUAGACGCCAUUUCGCUUCAUGUUUGCCACCAUUGCCUGGGUUAAGACUCUUAAGGGGGCCCCCUUAUUAACAGGCUGGUAAAGCCUAAGCAGUUGUUCAUUUGUUUGGUGUAUGAAACACGGUUUAAAGGACAGACGUAUUGUGCAGCAGGUAUGCGAAACCUUCUUAAUUACGGAAAGUCCGAGAAUGUUUCUGAGAAUAUACAAUGACAACAGAGUUGGAGGAAAGUGCGAUUCUAAUUUAUUAUUAGUCGUCGAGUAGGAAGCGAAUACAUUGCUUUUUUUUUUAAAUUUACGCUCUUUAAUAAAUAAUAAUUUAUGUGUUACCUCUAUAUGGGUUACAUGGUUAUCACCACUGGGCUAUUAGAGCAAUAAUCGUCUCGGGUGGUAGUUUAUGUUCUGUGUUUACAUUCAUAGAAGUUCGAUAAUAUUAUAAUUAUGAGUUAUUCGAAGUACAUAUACCGCUUAAAUAUAUUCGAAAGAAUGAUAUACUUUAUACAGAAUUAUAUAUUGAAACAUUGAACGAUACAUCUACCAUCGCUUUAUUAUUUCUUACGCAUUAAUUACACAGUCGUCGUAUUAAGUAUAUAGUAAGUACAGCAGAGAAGUAUUUGAUCGAUAUAGUUGUCGGUCGCUUGAGCUAUUCCGAUGAUUAUAUUGCAAAUAUCGUUGGCUUUGAAUAUAUUUUAUCAUCAAGGGACAGCUUCUUAUUGUUGGUAUUUGGCGGAGGGUAACGAUGUUGAGUGGUAAACUCCUUCUAGAUGAUCCAGCACCAAGUUAUGAGCAAUUCUACUUUUUUCCGAGACACGUCCGAAUAAUUACUGCCAUUGCCGUAUUUUUUAAUAUUUCUCCGUGAAAAUUUUAUACAAUAUUCUUCGAAUGUCAUACUUUAACGUACUAUUGGUUUUAAUAAAAAAAGUUUAACUGUGUCGUCACAAAUUAUUCACGAAAA